UAUAUCUCCCCAAACAAGAGGAUAGUAUCCAAUCUUAUGGCACACAUACUUAAAGUCGCUUCAAUAUCUCGGCGAAAAUGGUGCCCAAUGCCGGCGUUGAGACGGCCGAUGCGACCGAACAGUCGAGAUCUACGAGGCAGAAAAACCUCGCUGGUGAAAGAAAAAGCCGAAAGAAACGCGUGCGGUUGAGUUGCAUAGAAUGUCGGAAGAAGAAACUGUCCUGUGACCGGAACCUACCCUGUCAGAGAUGUGUAAGGACGGGAAGGUCAACCCAAUGUUCGUACGAGACAGAACAGCCCUCUUCGUUUAACUUUCCAGCUCUACGGCAAGAAAAGCAGAUCCAAGGCCUACAGGAUCAGGUUGCUGAAUUGAAAGCAUUACUUUCAAAGGUACUCCCAACGGGUGAGGCUGAUUGUGUGGUGCAAUCUCCCUGUGUGGUAGGUGACCAUGCUAAAUCCGAUGGCCCAAUACCACCGGAUGAAAGAUCCCGGGAUCUUGAAAGCUUGACUAGUAAAGCUUGCGACGGUGAUGGUGCUCAACCAAACCCAGCAUCAUUGUCAAGGAGUCAGUCUGACCAUGAUACAACUCGCGUCAACAAUACCGAGCUUUGUGAUCCGAAAGAGAGACGCCCGCAGGGGUAUUAUGGCCGACAUAAUUUAUUUCAAUUCUUCGGCGAGAUUCGUGAACUCUUCCCCUUUAUUAAGGAGACGGCUAACGAAUGGUUCAAACCACUUGGUGUUAGUCUUACAAGGGAGAAAUCCAUUAAAAAUGGCUUUAGUGUGGAUUAUUCGCCCCGAAAAGGGGUAAAUAUGGAGGGUCUCCUCCCUCCCAAGGAGGACACCGAUGCUCUAGUUUCUUUCUACCUGGAUGGUAUGGAGCAAAUCCAUCGUAUAAUUCAUAUACCCACAUUCAAGAGAGAAUAUGCCAAUUUUUGGCUACCCCAGCGGCCUCGGUAUCCUGCCAUGACGGCCCUCAUCUUGGCGAUGAUAUCUAUACCGACCUGUGCUACUACUCGCUCGGCCGAGGCUACAUGCAUACCAGCAAAAUAUCGUGCUAUGUGCGCGCGAUGGAUUUAUUCAUGCGAAGAGUGGUUGAAGCAACAGGGCCCAAAGCACCGCAAAAUUGUCCACUACCAGAUAUCCUGUUUAGUCUAUCUCGCUAAGCGUGUAGCUAUGAUCGGCAAAAAAAGGUGGUGGAAGGAGACCAGCUCUCUGGUCCAGGAUGCGAUUAUGGAUGGAUUGCAUUGCGAUCUAUCUUCGAGCAUCGGCACACCUUACAUGCGAGAGAUGAAAAGACGAAUAUGGACUGUCCUUAGAGAAUUAGAUCUGCAGAAUUCGUUCGAGUACGGCCUCCCUACCCUGCUUCAUAACAUUAAUUCUGAUACCUCUCCCCCUAUGAAUCUUGACGAUGACGACUUCGGCGAAGCAUCGGAGGAAAUCCCCACACCAAAGCCACUUGAUGUUUAUACUUUUACGUCCUAUCAAGUUCAUAGCGCUCGCAGCUGGGCUUUGCGUCUUGAAAUAUCCCAACGUUUAUUUAGUGGAAGGUUAUCUACAGACCUUAGCUAUGACGAGGUACUACGAUACACUCAUGAAAUCACGCAGGCAAUAGAGGCUAUUCCCUCCUGGGACAAAGAAGAUGCGACACCCCGAGACGAUUCUAAGUUGUCAAUCGUUGCGAAUGCCUUCUGCCUUUUUCAGCUGAAAGAAUGUGUUCUUGCCCUUCACCGACCUUAUCUACACAAAAAUGAUGGUAGAUACUGGCUCUCGGAAACUAUAUGUUAUCACACGUCGCGAGAUAUCCUUCUCCUGAAUAGCCGCCUAGCGGAGUUGGGCUAUCAAAGUCUCACAACAGUCAGGGAUGACGUAUUGCUCGCUUCGUUGAGUCUGGUUCGUAUUGUUAUGCUCCAGCCUAAGCUAUCAAAUAACAUUAUCGUGACAGACUCCCAAGCUAUAAUUGACCUCCUCGAGCAGUGUGUCCCCUUAAUGGAGGACAGACAUCUGCGCUGCUGUUAUAGCGAGCUUUGGUGCUUUAUUACAAUGCACGCGGCGCUUAUGCUAUUAAAAAUACAUCUAGAACAGGAAUCCCACCAAACGGCUAAGGCUGCCUGCGCACGAAGGUUCUUAGACCUACAUUAUAAGCAAAUGGAAAGACAGAGGAUAUCCGUCCCCAAUCAGCAAUAUCUAACUCCCCCGGACCUUUCGACCCAUAUCGACGCCGACACUUACCAAUUAACCGCUCCCGAGGCGCCGGAUUUCCUAGCGUCAGGAUGGUUAGAUGACAAUUUCCCAGAACUCGGCGCCCACUCGUUCAACCUUGACGACAUGAAUAGUACAUGGGAAAUCUGGGAACCACUGUAAGAUGUAGGCUACUAGAUGAACGGAGAAACUAUAAUCGCCAGUAGCACGGGCGGCCCAAACCAAUGUAUGACUAUAACUACGCUAUGAACUAUACUAAAUCUAGCUAUAGCUUUUCUAGUAAGGGGUAUGUAGCUAGGUAGUUACACUAUUCCAACCGUGAC